GGGGACCGGCGGUCACUUUCUCCGUUGCAGAUACCGUCCUAGGCCGGAUUGGCGCCAUUCCGAAAUCGGCAGCCAAACCGGGCUCGUUCGAAUAAUCGUCCGGAAACGUCCUCACCAGCACUAUGACUGCGUCUAUGGUCGCGUGGACGACGCUCAUGACAGUAUUGGUGUUGGCUUUUGGAUCAGCCGUCGAUGACCGCAAGCCAGACACCGUGUUCGUGGCCAUACUUAUACGGAACAAGGCUCACACUCUUCCGUACUUCUUCAGCGCUCUCGAAUCUUUGGACUACCCUAAGGACCGGAUGCACCUGUGGAUUAGGAGUGAUCACAACAUAGAUAACUCAACUCAAAUUUUAAAUAAAUGGUUGAAAACAUCAGGAACAGUUUACCAUUCAGUCGAUGUCAAAAUAGAUAAUGAUUCAACAAAGUAUGAUGAUGAAAGUGGUCCUGCACAUUGGCCCCAUUCUAGAUUUCAGCAUAUUGUUCAGCUAAGGGAAUCUGCUUUGCGUACUGCACGAGAUAGAUGGGCUGAUUAUAUUUGGUUUUUAGAUUGCGAUGCGUUUAUAAUCAACAAGUCUACUUUAAGACAUUUAAUAAAAAAAAAAUAUCCAGUUGUUGCUCCCAUGUUGAAGUCUGAUGGAUUAUAUUCAAAUUUUUGGUGUGGUAUGACUGACAAUUAUUAUUACAAGAGAACUUCUGAUUAUGCACCUAUAGUAGAGUGGAAAAAAAAAGGGUGUUAUCAAGUACCAAUGAUUCACAGCUCAGUUUUAAUAGAUUUAAGAUUCCAGAUCACAAACUACUUAACAUUUAAUCAUAGUUUAUUGCCUAAUUACAUGGGACCUGUAGAUGAUAUAAUUAUAUUUGCCAUGUCUGCUAAUUUUUCUGGUAUACCCUUAUACAUUUGUAAUGAUGAAAUAUAUGGUUUUAUAACUAUACCACUUGAAAAAGACAGUUCUCUAGAAAUGGAUAUAAGUCAAUUGACAAAUAUAAAGUUAGAAAUAACAGUUGAUAAUGAACCUUUACGGAUUUCAAGUAAUUUAUCAGAUCUUGAUUUACCAAGUGCACCCAUAGACAAUAUGGGUUUGGAUAAUGUUUUUGUAAUCAACUUAGCCCGAAGAACGGAAAGACGAAACCGUAUGCAUUACUGUCUUAAUGAACUUGGUUUAAAUGCAACGUUUAUUGAAGCUACCGAUGGAAGAGCUCUGACCGAAACGGAUUUGGAGUUCAUGGGCGUGAGGCUCAUGCCUGGUUAUAAAGACCCCUAUUAUAAACGGCCAAUUACUAAAGGAGAGAUUGGAUGCUUCAUGAGCCAUUACAGAAUUUGGGCAAAGGCAACUUAUGAAGGUUUAGACGAAGUGUUGGUACUAGAAGACGACGCGAGAUUUGAACCGUAUUUCCGUUUCAAAUUACAAAUGGUAUUGAACGAAUUGAGACGCCUGAAAGUUUCUUGGGAUUUAGUUUACAUUGGCCGAAAGUCGCUAAACGACAACAACGAAAGCUGGUUGGAAAACUCGAAACUCCUAGUGCGGCCCGGCUAUUCGUAUUGGACACUCGGAUAUUUGUUGAGCGGACGAGGUGCGAAGAAACUGUUAAACGCCAACCCGUUAAAGAAAUUGCUGCCAGUGGACGAAUUCCUGCCGAUAAUGUUCAACCAACAUCCUCAGGCCGAGUGGUCGGAGCAGUUUGACGAACGCAAUUUAAUCGCGUUGUCUGCGUCUCCUCUGCUCAUCUAUCCCAUCAGGUACACCUCGGACGACGGUUACGUCAGCGACACUGAAGAUUCAGUGACCGUUCAGGUGACGAACGACGAGCCCGCGACCGAACGAAAACAAACCAAAGAAGAUUUGUGAUCUGCGUGCCAUUAUUUGUUAUUAUUUUUUAUUUUAUAAAAUUUUAUCAUCACAAAUAUUGAAUAACCUGUUAUCAAAAUCUGUUACGUGUCAUAUCAUAUUUUUAUAUUCGUUAAGAUUUUUAUUUUUUUAUAUAUACAUUUAAUCAUUAAUUAUUAUAAUUAUUUACACUGCAAUAUCGUUAGGAAUAUUAUAAUAUUACAUAUUAUCAUCUGGCAAUGAAUUCGGCUUAAAGACUACCUAUGUGUAGGGGAAAACCGCAGUAAUAUUCGCAUCGUUCAUUAGUAAUUUCGCACUGACGCGUUCUUGUAGAAAAUUUGCUUUUACUGAAGUUGUGGCCCUAGCGUAGUUUUUAGCAAGAGUGGGAAGAAGGGGAAUUAAGUCGAGAGUGUUAUAUAAGAUCAAAAAAAAAAAAAAGAAACGUACACUAAAAAUGAACUUAAAGGGUAUUUUGGACCUUUCGCACAAACUCUUGAACACGGUCACAGCUGGGGAGGACGAGAGGUAAAGCAGUUUUUUUUUUAAAGAAAAUUAUCAACUCUGUUGAUUUAAUCAUUAUUGCCAAAAUAAAUUUUGUUCGUUUUAUUUUAUAUAGACACGAGAGACAUUCCAUUACAUUUUAUGAUUGGUCAAAUAUGUAUUUUUAUAUUAUGUUAGGUACACUUUUAGAGGACAAAUAAUAUAUAUAAUAUAACAUAAGUAUAUUUUUAUUUUUUAAACCGAUGAUAUUUACUAACUAUGUAUAAUCAAAUUGAAAAAGUGUUUCUUAUACCUCAAUAGACUGAUCGAUUCAUUUUUAUAAGACUUACAUAGGUACACCGAUGAUAACGUUUUAUUUAUGUGUUUUGAUCUACAAUUGGAGUGUAAAUGAUGUAAAUUUUCCAAAGAA